GCGGUGUACUCCCCGCGGAUUUGAUUAGGGGAUUUCCCAUGGGAUUUCCCCAGAAAUCUCCGCGUUGAUGACGUUCCCAGAAUUCAGAAAGGAGUGGUUGGUCCCCAAAUUCUUCUUUCAUGACCACUUCAGAGACUUCAUGAAGCUCAAUUGGUUGCUUCAAAUACAUCUACUGCAAUUACCAUGAACAUGAAUCUUCUGGCAGUCCUUUCCACAGGAUUUGUGGUAAUCGUUUUGUCCAAGUAUGCUGAAGCUGUUCUUUGGCCAACUAUACAUAGAGAAGGGCGGACUGGAAGUUGCAAUGUUGGUACAACAUGUGCAGAUGGAUUCUAUUGUGCUGGCGGAGAGUGCCUGAAAUGCUCUCCCUGUCCAGAUCUCAACACCUAUCAUAAAAACCAGCUAACGGUCUUUCGAGAUUGUCUACGGCAGGGGCUGUGUCCUCACGUAUGCAGUCAAAUGUAUUUACCGCUUCAUCAGCAAGCCAACCAGUCGUUUUGUUUCCAUCUGCGCUCAUCACAAGGUUGUAACAUACGAUCAUGUGACAACGAAGGUACGCUAGACAUGCAAGCAUGCCGCUGCUUAUGCAGCACCAACAGGAAUGGAACCGAUUGCUCUGAGUGUGGACUAUCGUGUUUGAAUGGAGGCACACUAGAUGAUUCAGAUUGCCAGUGCAGAUGUGAUAAGGACUGGACCGGGAUGAACUGCUCUGAGUGUGGACUAUCGUGUUUGAAUGGAGGCACAUUGGAUGUUCCAGAUUGCCAGUGUAAAUGUGAUAAAGAUUGGACCGGGCGGGACUGCUCCAAAUCAUCAUUUUCAGAUUGCGGGCUGAAGUUCUGUCUGAAUGGUGGUACACUGAAUCCUACAGCAUGCCAGUGUUCGUGCAGUGAGGGUUGGUCUGGACACAACUGCUCUGAACCACAGACGGAGGGAGGAAAUCCUCCUACCCAAACAAAUGUCGACGGUAAGUAAAAACCCAGUCACUAUGAGCAGCGCAGGUG